AUGAUAACUGACAAUUUCUUCACAGAAGACUUGCGUGUAGUGCGGCAAAAUCCGAUUUCGCCUAUGCCGUUCCACCCCCGAGGAUUUAAAAACAACGCGGCUAUGGAUAAACAGGAAGUAGAUGUCGCAAUUCACAUAAACCCAUCAGUCAACCACGGCCGCCAUGCCGAGGCUGACUGCAAUGAUGACAAUUUGGAGAAGCAAUCAACACUUUCCAGCGUCCAAGCUGGAGUCCAAAGGGCUGAUGUACUUCGGAAGAGUUGGACCAAGCAAGGUUUAAUUGUUGUCUUCACAGGGUUGUUUCUGUGCACCUUGGCAAUCAACUUUGCUGAUUAUUCAACUCAAGUUUAUGCUGCAUACACAACAAGUGCCUUCAAGCAACACUCUGCAAUGAGUGCAGCCCGGGUGGUUAUGAACAUUGCGCGCAUUUCUGCCUAUCCAAUCAUUGCAAAGCUGGGAGAUGUCUUUGGCAGAGCGGAAAUGUUCAUAUUAUCCAUCACUCUGUCGGUUUUGGGCUACGUGAUAUAUGCAGCUUGCACAAAUAUUGCCCAGUAUAUGGCUGCCGGGAUAUUCGAGGCCAUUGGGUCAACUGGAUUUGCCCUUACACAGCAAGUUUUCGUAGCGGAUAUGACAUCCUUAGUCAACCGUGGUAUAUGGUCAACACUGCCUGACUCUCUCACUACAAUUCCUACCCUUUACCUUGGGACCAUUGUUGCCCAACGCAUCCUUGACCAUUCUACAUGGCGCUGGGGAUGGGGCAUGUGGGCAAUUGUGUUGCCUGUUGCCUCAUUGCCAUUGAUUGGGACCAUGCUCUUUUAUCAGCGCAGGGCCCCAUCUCCGGUGUCUGUUUCCGAGGCAUUGGGUUGGAAAAAUGAUGAUACCUGGUGGGAAAAGGUGCAUAAGCUCCUCUGGUUUCAACUCGAUUUACCAGGAGCUGUGCUCCUAGUGGCCGGCUUAUCUCUUCUUUUGAUUCCCCUGUCUUUGACUGGUUCCAAUAAUAGCGGCGCGUGGACCAAAGGGUCUUUUGUCGCCAUGCUGGUUCUAGGUGUGGUUUUCUUGGUUGCCUUCUUGGUUUGGGAUGCGUGGUUUGCGAAGAAGCCAUUUGUUCCUUAUCGCAUGAUCAACAACCGCACGGUUGCAGCUGCCUGUCUACUUGGUGCCUUAGAUUUCUUUCACUAUUCGGUAUUCAGUGUCUUUUUCACGAGUUAUUUGCAGGUAGCGGGUAACUUUCCGGCAGGUUCAGCAACCAGAAUUGAUAAUUCUCUCCGAGUGGCAUUUCAGGUUGCUGGCAUCUUCGCCGCUUUCUUCAUGAAGUAUACCAAGCGCUCUCAGAUCUGGGUUCUGACGGGCGUUCCUCUCUGCGUUCUAGGGAUGGGCGUGCUUGUUUACCUUGUGGACAUGGGGGAUGGUCGGAGCGGAAAUGAAGCAUCCUUCGUGGUAGCCAAAUCACUGAUUGGCGUUGGCCGUGGGUUCUAUCAAACGGCCGCACAGGUAUCAGUGCAAGCAAUGGUCUCGCGACAAGAUGUUUCUGUUGUCACAGCAGUAUUCUUCGCCUCAAUGAGUGUUGGAGGUGCGAUUGGAACGAGUGUUGCUGGGGCGAUAUGGCGCAACACUCUGCCAAACAAAUUGCAGCAAUACCUUCCUAGUGACCUGAAGGAUCAGGCCAAGUCGAUAUUUGGAUCUAUUGUGGUCGCUCGGAAAUACGCCAUAGGCACUGAGGCUCGUGAAGCCAUCAAUCAAAGCUACCGAGAGUCUCAAAAGUUACUUGCGAUUGCCGGGCUAAUCUCGCUCUCACUCAUGCUUAUAGUGAUGCUGUUUCUGAAAAAUGUGAAGCUGGAUGAAGCUGGAGGGGCCCAAACAGAAGAAGAAGACCACUCUCACUUGGCUAUUGAAACCAUGACUGAGAAAGAUCGCAGUUGA